AUGAGCUUUAAAAAAAAUCAGGAAGAUCCAUUGUCGCAUAAGAAGAACGAGAAAGGAAUAAAACUACAAGAAAAUCCUAUUACUAGUUCGUCUCAAGAACGCUUGGGACGUAUUUCGGGUACCGAAAGAAAGAUCCAAGCCAUACUAGAUGAGCAUGCUCAGAUUAUUUUUUUACCAAAAGAAUGCGAAAAGGUACAUAGGAUUCGGAAAGCUCUGGGGGAACAGCUGUGUAUCUGGUGCGAAGAAUGCGAAGAACGAGCCAAUACUUACAAAAGAAAAUCUAAACAGCUUCAGGAAGAAUUCGAUUUUCAGAAAGAGCUUUUGGAUCAAAUAAAGGAUACACAAGCAUUAAUUCAGGAGAAAGAACGCGCGCAGGAAGCUACUAAUCUGAAGACUCUAAUAGCAGAAGUCAACAAAGAAAUAUCAGAGUUGGAAAGAAAACUAUCUAUUUUAUAUGAUCAUCGUUCUCAUCUUUUGAAACGAUUACAGACAUGCGACUCGCUUGAACAAACAGAGAUCCACAACUUGGAAGAUCGACUUUUACGAUUACAAGAACAAUACGACACUCGACCCCAUGUCAGUAAACUUACGAAAGCCAUUCAUGCUUUUCGUGAAAAAGAAUCUUCUUUAAAAUUUAUGGUUAUUCAAGCUUAUUCCGGAAUCCAAUUUUACCAGCGCUUUAUAGAAGAUGUUCAUCCUCAUGAAAUGAAACUACAGUCUAUGUCCAUGUCUACUGGUAUUUCCAAAGCCAGACCACAAUUACCUGAAGCUGAGCGUUUGGAAAUUGUAACUUUACUAUCCUCCAUCUUGCACUCUUUCAAAUCUGCUCUUGAGGUAGCAAUCUCAAACAACUGGAAACCUAUUAUUGUACUUUUGGAACAAGACAUAGUCCUUUACGAAGAAAAAAUGAACAAUUUUUCGUCCGUGACUCCAUCUGAUACUUCCUUCGAAUCCGCUUCUCAUAAGUAA